CUGACAGUUAUGAACCUAAUAGGAGUACAAAUGAACAACUGGCGGCCACCAGUAUUUGCUUUGGGUCCUUAUGAACAGGAUUUAGAUACAUUGAUACGUGAAAGCAGGUUUUUGAGAUGUAUGAAUAUCAAUGAAACAGAAUGGGAGAAACACUGCGAAACAACCGAUGAAAUAGUGGGGUGCGUAAUGAAAAACGUCAAGAAAUUUGCAAAUGAAGAUUUUGAAGGACUUAUUAUCAAGGAUGACUCAAUCCGAUUUGGUAGUUCGAGGGAUGGUUUGAAGGUCAACGAUGCUUUAGAGUUUGAUUGCAUACUUCUAUGUGAUAUAAGUGAAAUGAUAGUUUCGAAAGAGUCGGCAAGAGAUUUUACGUCUGAGGAAAUUCUCGGCAUGAUGAAACUUCAUGUCAUUAAUGCUGAAUAUCUUAUUAGAAGAUUUUCCUGGAUAGAAAAUACUGAAAUAUUCAAAAAGUUUGCAAAUGGGGAGUACUUCUUAAACACUAAAAACUUGCAGGAGAAAGUUUUCAAAUCUUUAAUUGACAAAACGCGAAAAGUGAUUAAUGAUCAAUUACAUGAUAUACACAGUCCUUAUUUUCUUCGUCGUACGUCAAAACCCCCUACAUUCGAUAUCAACAUUACGCUUAACAAAGAGAAAGCUAUUACUGUUCUUCGUGAUGAUAUCAGAUCGGUACAAGGAAUGCAUUUGGCAAUAGAGUCCAAUAAAAAACCAAGCCUUGAUAUUGAUUUUGUCCCAGCAUUUCAUUUACGGAAUGAUCGUGUUCCCAACCCACAUACUGCACAUUUACCCCAUGGAUUUGGAGUUGAAAACAUGAACUGUCCAGUUUAUGCUGUAAUGAAGUGGGCACAUCGCAGCACAGACGCAUCAUCAACGUUUGGCAGUGAUUGUUUACGUCUGGAUAUGAAAAACAUAUUCUUGAUGUUUGUAGACAAAAUAACAGCAAAAGCUUCCUUAUGA